AGGUACUGAUGCUAUUUUGGAUUGAAUCUCAGAUGUAAAACAUUUACAAAGAAAUUAUACCUUGACUAAAAGGAUAUUGUGUCAAAAAUUACAUUUUCUUUAAAGUUUUUGAGCAUGUUUUACAUCUGUAGAUGGGAAAAUAAUAUUAAGAAUUUUUAGAGACGUUUCAUUCUUACUUGCCCUUUUUGGUUCUUAUAUCGGACCAUGAGUGCUAAUGUUAUUAGGAAGGAAAUGUAAAUCAGCAUCCGUCAUAGCAACUUCUUCUUUUCUUCAUUUUCUCUUGCAUUUUGUCUGACACUCUGCACAAAACAUCUUCUGUGAGCUAAAUAACUGAAACAGACAAUUGCGAUGCUGCAAAUUAUUCUGCUUCUUCUGCCUGGUGUUCUCAGUAAGUGUAGUGUGAGUUAUGUUUCUCUGAGUCGGGUCUGUGCUGCGAGGGGAUCCAAUGUUUCUAUUAACUGUAGAUAUGAAUAUCCAGAUGAUCAACAAGUACAGCGAGUGAUGUGGUGUUCAAUGAGAUCAAACAAUGGCAGGUGUGUGGUUAAGCCGUACGUUUAUGAUAGUGAAUCCAACAAUAAUCAAAAAAACUUCCAAUACAUUGGAGACAAAACCUCAAAUUGUUCUCUUGUGAUCAGUAAUAUUGAUCAAACACAUUCUGGAGAAUAUAAAUUCAGAUUUAUAACCAAUGGGAACAAAUGGACAGGUCACCCUGGAGUGAACAUUUUAGUAGACGAUUUAAAAGUGUCCAUGAGCAGGUCAAGAGAAAAUGGAAUCACAAUAGUUGGAGACUCUCUGAAUUUGACGUGCACACUCAGCUGUUCUGGUAAUUUAGCUGAUGUUCAGUGGUUUAAGAAUCGUGAUCUGAUUCGACACUCAGAGCCCGUCCUCACCUUCAGCAGAGUAACAGCUGAAGACUCGGGGAAUUACUCUUGUUCUUUGAGAAACUAUAAAACAACUGUAUCUGAAGAAAUUACCAUUUACAUUGAAGAUGUCACCGGGUCUCCAACCGUUCUGAUUAUUGUGCUGUUUUUAUUCUCACUUGUUUUCAUCACUGCAGCAGUGAUUCUUAUAAAAAGAAGGGAAGCAAAAAUGAAAGAAAAACAAGUGGAAGAAAGAGAAGAAGCCAAGGAUUCUCUUUACAGCACAGUUCAACCUCAAACAACUGAUAACAAAAACCUACCAGGAGCUGAGGAUGUACAGCAGGAAGAUGAAGUGCAAUAUUCAUCUGUCACCAUUAAACCCAAAGAACUGCUUCAAGUGUCUUCAAACACAGAGCAGGAGGAUGAUUCAACUAUCUACAGCGCAGUGAUGAACGGUUAAUAAUACUUUCAGAAACUAAGAUAGGCCUAUAGAUUUGUCUCGUGAAAUAAAAGUAAACGGGCCUCUUUGUGUGUGUGUGUGUGUGUAUGUUUUAGCUCUAAAAAUGUUAGAUGAAUUCUGUGGUAACUUCUCCUAUACAAAUAUAAAUGUGCUUCAUUUGAACUAGAUUUAUAAAAGCAUUUUUUUGGCAUCUGGGUUGGGAGUUGACAGUCUGAUAAUCAUUGCUUGAUACAAAGAACAGUAAAAAAGAAACAAAAAACGACAGAACUAAAAAAACGUAAACUUUAGAGUUAUGUUAAUAAAUGCAUUAAAUUAUGAGAAACAUUCUGGGGGUUGGGAUGUGAAUAGGCUAUAACAAAUGGAGAUUUCACACUUAAGGACAUGCAGUUUUGUGGUGUUUUGCUUUUUAAUACAUUUUUAAUUGUAAGGAAUGUAAUGAAUGUGCAACUAUUGUUAUAGAAAAAAGAGAGAGUGUGUCUGAACCCCGAACAUUAUCAGGAAGGCUAUUCCAGAGUUAGGGAGCCAAAUGUGAGAAAGCUCUACCUCCUUUAGUGGACUUUGCUAU